UAUGCGUAGUUCGCAUAGUGAACCGGAAGUUAUUACAGUGGAUUUAGUUGUAUAAACAAACAUCAUGAAUGGGUUCACAAAGUUUCAAAAAUUUGUUUUAGCAGGAUUAGGAGCAUGCGGUGGUGCACUUACUCUUUAUUACAGCUUUCAUAGCGAUAGAAAGCGAGCUUUUGCAUCGUGGACUACAAAUUACACUCCUACUUGCGAGUGGGAUUCAAAUUGGGACAAGAGAGAUCCAACAAGUCUUGUAAAGCCAUCAAAAGGUGGAAGUGAUGAUAACAGAUACAAUGAAGCUGUAGAGAGAGUCAAACCAAAAGCAGUGAGACAUCUUUUGCUGAUUCGGCAUGGCCAGUAUAACAUGUCUGGGAAAUCAGAUGAAGAGCGUAUUUUAACAGACCUUGGUAGGAAACAGGCAAAACUUACGGGUCUACGAUUACAGGAACUUUCCAUGCCAUAUACAAGAUUAGUCAGAUCAACUAUGACAAGAGCAAAUGAGACUGCACAGAUAAUUCUGAGCUCACUGCCUGCUAUCCCUGUCUCUGAUUGUUGUUUAUUGGAGGAAGGAUCACCCAUACCACCAGAGCCCCCUAUUGGUUCCUGGAAACCAGAACCUUGUCAGUUUUACCAGGAUGGUGCACGAAUUGAGGCUGCAUUCAGAAAAUAUUUCUACCGAGCUGAGAAAUCUCAGGAAAGGGACAGUUAUGAUAUACUGGUUUGCCAUGCCAAUGUCAUACGUUACUUUGUCUGCAGGGCCUUGCAGUUCCCACCUGAAGCUUGGCUCCGACUCUCGCUGCAUCAUGCUAGCAUCACAUGGAUCAGUGUGAUGCCAAGUGGGCGUGUUAUCCUUCGUGCACUUGGUGACACUGGUCACAUGCCACCAGAUGUCAUCACUUCAAGUUGAUCUAUCAUACAUUGAAACAUCUGUUUUGGGAGUGCUCAGGGUCCUGAAGGCUCAACAUAAACUGGAUGUGAAAGUUGAAUGUCAGUUGUAUGCGUCUUUGCGUGUUUGAAUAUUAUCACUGACAAGCUUCAAUGGCAGGAAGUUUAUUGCAGCUCUAUAAAACAGGGUCAUACAGAGUUGGGCAAGUUGGCAGCGUGUGUCUCCUUAAAAAUGUGCAUGCAGUCCUCAAAGAACAAGUUUUAAAGUUAAUGUCUUUUAUGGACAUACACUUGAUGAAUGAUCAAAUAAUUUGUUUUAAGGACAGUACAGUAGUGUAAUAUGAAAAGAUGAUGUCUCAAAAUUAUACAUGGUCAUUACAUGAACUAUGAUAAUUUGGUGUAUGUUAUGGUACAUUAUUAGUCACUUCAGGUACAUACCAUAGUUAUAAAGUAUUGUGGAAGAAAACUGACAGUUAACAAGAAUAUAAGGAAAGAAAAUACUACCACUUAACUUUUGAGGCACAGCACAAAUUAAAAACAAUAAGUACAUCCCCACACCAAUCAGCAAGGUCAGUAUCAAAUUUGAGGUGGCCCUACUUUGGAUAUAUAGCAUAGGCAUUCAUUAGACAAGAUAAUGUUUUUAAAGUUACUCAAAUGCAUGGAACAUUUAUUUGAUCUCUUAUCCUAUGGAAACACAUAAUUCCAUGUUUUGAAGCUUAGAAUGUGUCACAGUUUAUGAAAUUAUAAGUAAAUCAUCACAUAUCAGUUUAAAUGUUUAGCAGAGAUAGUCAGUCAGUGAAUGCAAGACAUACAGUUAUAUAGACAUGAUCAUGAUGAAAAGUGUGUAUAGAAGUGUUUCACUUUUUCAUAAAUACGUAAAGUAAAGUGGGACAUGAUAGAAGAAUAGCUAUAUGUGGCUCAUGAACUAUAGUUUGGCUGUCGCAUGUUUUUGUUUCUGAAAUGUUGAAACUUAACUGUUCUCUGUAAACCAGACAGAAAAUACUGCACUUCACUUAUCACCUGACCAACUGACAUCUGCAUAAAAUUUCAUCCUUGAAUUGUUUGCCAAAGGGUAAUAUUAGUUGACAAAUAGUAUUAAGAACUGAGGAUUCUGGAUUGUAGUGAACGAUUGUACAUAAGGCAAAAGUAUUCAGCAGAAUAAUGUUAUUAGUUUAAGAAUAAUUCUGUUAUUUAGGGUGCAUUUUUGUAUUUUUCUUUUCACAGGUAUAAAGAUGUAUGGUAUCUAAGAAGUGCCAUAACAAUCAGACUUGUAUUUAUCAGCAUAUUUUUUGUAUCAUUAUACUUUGAUAAUUACUGCAGAUACUUGCCAUUGUGCCAUAAUACAUUUAUUAGAAGAAUGCUUUUGUUUUAAUUUGUGUUUGAGGCUUGUGAUUCAGCAUAUUUAAGUUGUGAAUGUUUGGGUUUGAAACUGAAAUUUAUAUGUGUGUUAUAUUGACUUUUGGAUAUUACACACAAAUACAUUUAUGCCUUCAGUGCUUAUAAAUUGUGUAUAAUCAAAAUAAUGUGUAUUUUUUAAAAUAAAAAAAAAAUACAUGUAUGUAAUCUGAGAA